AUGAAAUAUUAUAUAUAUAUAAUGCUUUUAUUAUUUAUCUCCUUAACUCAAGUUUUUGGAGUUUAUAUUGAUCCAAAUUCAAACUGUGCUGGUGAUAACGGAUGUGGUACUUAUGAUAAGCCAUUUCCAGACAUUCAAUCUGCUUUGAAUUCAAAUAAAGAUAAGUCUGACAUGUCAAUCACUGCUAUGCCUGGUGUCUAUAAAGGAAUAAACAACAAAGAAUUAAAAGUCAAUUUCAAUGUUGAACUUAGAUCUUUUGAAGGAGAUUCAAAAACAAUCAUUGAUUGUGAGAAUGCUGGAAGUGCUUUCACUCUCAAAUCAAUUAAUUUUGUUUUGAAUGGAUUUACAAUCACCAAUUGUAAUUCACAAUAUGGAGGUGCUCUUAAUGUCUUGGAUUCCACUUUGAAACUCGAAAGUUCCAAGUUAAUCAACAACAAAGGAUAUCAAGGUGGUGCACUCUAUUCCUCUAGAUCAAGUAUUAAUAUAGUAGACUCAAAGAUUUCAAAUAAUGUUGCAUUGGAUAAAGGUGCAGCAAUCUAUUUGUCAGAAUCAUCAUCGAAUAUUGUUAAAUCUGUUUUAAAUUGCAAUACUGGAAAUGAAGUCCAAUUGAUUGGAUCUUCAAUGAUGUUAUAUUCAACAGGUCUCGAAGAUGUUGCAGUGAAUUGUGAUGCUUCAUCAUCAAUCGAUUCUGACGAUGGUGCUUUAUAUUGUUCUAAAGUACAAGAACAAAAAUGUGCUGCUCCAAAAACCUUUUCAACUCCAUCAGGCUUAACAAGUUCAGCCAGUGCAUCUAGUAGUCAACCUGGGUAUAUUUCAAUUCAACCUGGAUGGAAGUUUAGAUCAUUCGAAUCUUGUAUCAUUCCAGAACCAGAUAGUAAGGUAUUCAAAGGUGAAAUCAAUGAUCCAACUGGAUGUACUAAAUUAUCAACAAAUUAUUUGAUUACACCUGAAUUUAGCAAUUGGAUUGGAUCAGCAAAAUGUCCAGUUUCAGGUAUUUUAGAAUCAGAUAUCAAAAUCAACAAGACAAUUGAUUAUGAUUUCAAGUUGGAAGCAACCAAUCUUGGAGUUGUUGUUUAUGUUGAUAAUACAGUUCUUUUUGAUUCAUACUUUUCAAAUGAAAAGAUCAAAUCAUUCAGAACCAAAUUAUUAUCAUCGAAACAAGAAUAUCAUUCAAUCACAAUUUUGAUAUUCUCAGCAUCGAGUGGUCAAAGAUCUUUAAGUUUGAAAUGGAAGAGUUCUGAUUCUGGUGAAUAUCAAUCUUUGAAUUCAUAUUUGGUUCUAAAAGAAUCGAAACCAGCACCAAUAUGUGGUGAUAAGAUUUGUAAUGAAGCUCCUGAAAGUUGUUUAUUGGAUUGUUUUGAUCAAAUCGUUAAUGAUUGUUCUGGACAAGCACCACCAAUUGGACUUGGAAGUAGAUUCAAAGGAGGAAUGUCAAACAUUCAAACUCAAAUUUUAGACAAUUAUUACCUUUUCACAUUGCCAGGAUUGAAUUAUAUGGGUCAUGGAGUUGAUCUCGAAACAAUGGAAGAUAAUGCAGCACCUUUAUUCUCGAUUUCAUAUUGCAGCAAUCAAUCAUUUUCAACAUUGGAAGAUCAAUAUCGUGAUAUGGUUUAUGAGCGAUUCCACAUGGAUUCUCUGCUCAGAAAUCAAUCAAAUGUGAUUAUUCAACAAUGA